AUGAUUGACUCUGGCGGUAAUCACGACGUCGGCUCUUCCAACAAUGAUUCUUUGGCGAGUACAGAAGAUAGGUCCAGCAAUGACUCUCACCCAGAUCCUUCAGUCAAGCCCAUUGCCAUCUGCGGCAUGGCCUGCCGGCUCCCUGGCGGUGUCAAGAACCCACAAGACCUAUGGGAUCUGUUGAUGGCCAAAAAGGACGCUCGGACUAUGGUUCCAGAGACUCGCUACAACGUCGCGGGCUACCACUGGCCGACCAAGAAGCCAGGCCACACCAUCACCAAGCAUGGCUACUUUCUCGACUCUGAUGUCGACAUUGGCGCCCUGGACACAUCCGUCUUCCCCAUGGCACGAGGCGAGCUAGAAGUCCUUGAUCCCCAGCAGCGGUUGCUCUUGGAAGUGUCCAGGGAGUCCAUCGACGAUGCUGGGGAGGUGAACUGGCAGGGGACGAAUGUAGGCGUCUAUGUAGGAACCUUUGGGAACGACUGGUAUGAUAUCUUGCAGAGAGAUUCACAAAGAUACGGUGCUUACUAUAUCACUACAUCCCACGAUUUCGGCGUGUCAAAUCGGGUGUCCCACUUGAUGGACUUACACGGCCCAAGUAUGACAGUCCGUACGGCUUGUUCUUCGAGCCUUGUAGCGCUGAACGAGGCUUGCGCAGCAAUCGGCAAGGGAGAUUGCUCGUCUGCCAUUGUAGCCGGAACUAGCAUCAUCAUGGCACCGUCUUUGACGACCGAUAUGUCGGACCAGGGCACUUUGAGCCCAGACGGGUCCUGCAACACAUUUUCUACCAAGGCGAACGGAUACGCACGUGGCGAGGGCGUUGUAGCACUGUUUGUCAAGUCCUUGGAUGACGCUCUCCGAGACGGCAACCCCAUCAGGUCGGUCAUUGUUGGUUCAGCCACCAACGCCGACGGCAACACCCCGAUGCUCGUGAUGCCAAGCUCAGACGCGCAAGAAGCCCUCAUUCGCCGUGCGUACAGGACCGCAGGUAUCGCCGAGUCGGAUAUCUCGAAAACUGGUUUCUUUGAGUGUCACGGUACCGGGACGCCCAUGGGUGAUCCGAUUGAGACAACUGCCAUCGCAAGGGUCUUUGGCGGCUCUGGCGGCGUACACAUUGGCUCUAUUAAGCCAAAUAUAGGACACGGUGAGGGUGUUUCCGGGUUGACUGCAAUUCUCAAAGCUGUCUUGUCCUUGGAGAACCAGACAAUUGCGCCCAACAUCAAGUGCAGCCCCCUGAGUGACAAGAUCCCUUUCGCCGAAGGUCAGCUCGUGGUGCCCACAGAAGCAACACCGUGGCCAGAAGGACGUUAUGAGAGAGUCAGUGUCAACUCCUUUGGAAUUGGUGGAUCGAACGCCCAUGUUAUUCUUGAUUCGCCACGGAGGUUCCCCGCCAUCCAGUCGCGACAUGCUGGCCUGGCAAAGAGCUCUGCCAACGAGCCACACUUGUUGCUCUUGUCAGGUAGCAGUGACCGCUCAUUGGAGAGCUUGGCAAAGGGACUCGAGGAAUACGUCGAGAACGGGCCCGAGUCGUUGAGUCUGAGAGACGUGGCAUAUACCAUGGCCAGACGGCGGCAGCAGCUGAGCUUCCGCUCCUUUGCGGUCGGUACAAGGCAUCAACUAGGGAACCCUUCUCCUCCGCUUUCGAGCAAGGGAUCCUCGCCAUCUGUCAUCAUGGUCUUCACUGGGCAAGGGGCGCAGUGGCCGCAGAUGGGACGGCAGCUACUACGUAGUAACAAGGUGUUCCGCGAGACAAUUCGAUCCCUCGACAACCAUCUCCAAGAUCUAGGCCCCCCAAAGCCCGAGUGGAAAAUCGAGGACGAACUGCUCAAGCCCGCGAGAACGAGUAGAGUCAACCAACCCGAGUUCUCGCAGCCACUGUGCACAGCGCUCCAGAUCGCCCUGGUCGACACGUUGACGUCGGUUGGAAUCAGUCCUGCGGCUGUCGUGGGCCACUCGAGUGGUGAGAUGGGAGCAGCGUAUGCGGCCGGUGGUCUGAGUGCCAGGGAAGCCAUCGUUGUGGCGUUCUACCGCGGUCUGGUAUCGGCCAAGACAACCCGCGAUGGGACAAUGGCUGCUGUCGGGCUCAGCUGGAAGGAGACAGAAGAGUUCCUGUUGCCCGGCGUCGUCCUGGCUUGCGACAAUUCUCCUCGAAGCGUCACCAUUUCCGGGGAUACGGAGCGAGUGAGCGAGGUUUUGGCCCGAAUUAAACAAAAGCUGCCUAAUACACUUACCAAGGCGCUCGAGGUAGGCAAUGCAUAUCACUCGCACCAUAUGAAGGAUGUCGGAGAGGAGUACUACAACCUCAUGGUUGCCGCAGGAGUAGCCGGCGCAACACCAUCACUGCCAGUGUACUCCAGUGUGACCGGGAAGCUCUUUGAAAAGGAUGGCUCAGCGAAUGGUGAAGGUGGAACAUCGCUCUUUGGGCCGAGUUAUUGGCGGUCGAACUUGGAGUCUCCAGUACUCUUCAAUUCUGCCGUGGCUAGCAUUCUGAAGCAGCCACCCGCGGGCGGAAGCGACAAUCUCGUCUUUGUGGAAGCUGGACCUCACUCGGCGUUAUCAGGUCCGCUACGUCAGAUCUUGACCAGUCAGUCAAAUACGGCACCGUAUGUGCCCCUGAUGAAGCGCAAAGAGAACGCCGUGGAAACGCUCCUGAACGCAGUAGGUAAGCUCUGGACGCUCCAUGUACCAGUCGACCUGUCUUCCCUCAUACAAGACGGUAAAUGCCUGCCGGACCUCCCACGCUACCCCUGGAAUCACCAAAAGACGUACUGGAGGGAAUCGCGAGUGGCAUUGGAGUGGCGAAUGAACUCGAAUCCCUGCCACGACCUUCUAGGUCUCAAAGUGCCAGAGAGCACGACCGUCGAGCCCGUCUGGAGGAACCUUCUCCAUCUCGACAACGCGCCCUGGAUCCGCGACCACCGGAUCCACGAAGACAUUGUGUUUCCGUUCACCGGCUACGUCGCCAUGGCUUCCGAGGCAGUCGCUCAAAUUACGGGAAACCGGGAAUCCGUCGAGCUCCGCCGCGUAAGCGUCAACACCGCACUUGUCAUCCGCGAGGGGGCACCGACCGAGAUAGUGACGACACUCCGCCGCCAUCGCUUGACGACGUCCCAGGAGAGUCGGUGGUGGGAUUUCUCUAUCACGGCCCACAACGGACAUGCGUGGACGAACCACUGCUUCGGGCAGGUGUCGGCUACUCCCCAACCCUUGCAGCCCGACGAUGAGAGCGUACUAGAUGACACAAGCACACCUCACGAGGUGAAUGUGCGUCAGUGGUAUGACCGGGUGAGUCGCGGAGGGCUACGCUACGGACACCAUUUCAGGUCCCUCGAGGAGGUCAGGACAAGCGCGGCCGGCCCAGAGCAUGUAGGAGUGGCAAGGAUGAAGAACAACUGGCAUGGGGACGAAGACAGAUACCACUUGCAUCCCGUGGUGCUCGACUCCCUCUUCCAGCUCGUGGGGGCGGCGGCCCACCACGGGUUCACACACGCAUACAGCCCGGCUGUACCUAUCAGCGUAGGCCACAUUGCCAUAUCGCGCUGCUCGGUCGAUGAUCUCACUCUGAGAGUGUCCUCGAAGCAAGUCGGCGGUAGUACCGCUGCCGAUGGAGCUUGCAUUGCCGGAUCACAGGUCGUCAUGCGUGUCUCCAACGCAAGCUUUUCUCCUUUGAACACGGGCGGUGCGGGCGCUGAUUCCGCCCUUUCCAAGACCGCACGGUCAAGUUGGGUUUGCCACAUAGAGUUCAUGGAUGCCAAUACCUUGGCCAAGCCGACAAGAGACAACUCGGCAUACUUUGAAGCGUUGGAGGACAUGGCGACCACAGCCGUCUUGCUGUGCCGACGAUCUCUUUCCGGGAAUGGCGCACCUCAACCCCCAGCAACACACGUCCAAAACUAUGUCAAGUGGAUUCAGGGCUGUCCCCUUGCAGAAACCCAUGAUGCCGAUGACCUACGUGUUCGCUUUGCGGAACUCCACGACUCGCUCCGAGAUGGUCCGGCGUCUCAUGCCGCCAUGGCUGUGGCCAGGAUUUGCGACAACAUAGUACCACUUGUCUCGGGCCACACCCAAGUUUCGAGUAUUUUGAACGAAGACGGACUUUUGGAUAAGGUAUACCAAUUUCUUGGAAGUUAUGACGUAUCUCCGUUGCUCAAAUGUUUAUCGCGCAUGCAACCCAAUCUCCGGAUCCUCGAGCUCAGGUCCGACACGGCCCCCGCAGUCAGCAGUGUCGUCGGCGCUCUCCAGGAUCCGGAUGGACAGCCUCUUUAUUCCCGGUAUGUUUACGCGGAUAGACAGACUGUGACUACCAGCGACAUACGUGACCGUCUCAAGGGAAUUCCCAAUCUUGAAUUUGCCAAUCUGGACAUUAGCAGAGAUCCCAUGGCCCAAGGCUUCAAAGAGCAGCAAUUUGACUUGAUUCUCGCUGCUGGCGUUCUCCAUUCUACUCCGAGCCUCCACCACAGCUUGCGGCAUAUACACCAGUUGUUGAGUCCGGACGGACGCCUCAUCCUGCAACAGCCACGGGAGGGGUUGUGCUGGCUCAAGUACGUUCUCGGGUUACUGCCUGGGUGGUGGCGCGGUGUCGAGGAUAAUCGAGUAGACGAACCUUUCGUGGAUGUAAAGCGAUGGGAGAAGGAACUAUUGUUGAGCGGAUACCGGGGCUUGGACGCUGCCGUGUCGGAUUCCCCUGGCUCCAUGGGCCUCAAUACAGUGAUGGUGGCGAGACCGCAACCUAGGACUGUCCCAACAAGACGGGUUAUGGUGCUAAUGAGUGAAGCUAAUCUAGAAACCAAGAAGCUACCGCUGGAGACAUCGUUGGAGUCUCUAGGAAUACAGACUUCCCGGUGCACCCUGAAUGACCGGCCAAUACCAGGCCAGGAUGUCAUUGCGGUUUUGGAGACAGAGGAGCCAUUCUUUGCCGGAAUAGACGCCGAAACAUUCGAAAAGUUCAACAAGUGGAUUGGCAACUUUGAAGGCUCAAACUCAGGCAUCCUUUGGAUCACCCGAGUUUCGCAGAUACAAUGCAAAGACCCUCGGUUCGCUCUCGUUACUGGUCUAGCCCGCACAAUCCGCUCCGAAAUGGGCAUCGCCUUUGGCAUCUGCGAAGUCGACGACCUAGACUCUGUAUCCGGUGCAGAGAUGGCCGCCCGUGUUUGCCGUAGGUUUCAUGAGCGUGAUCCGGACUUGAGCCAGGACCUAGAGUUUGUCAUCUCAGGCGGUGUUGUACGUGUCGGCCGCUUCUUCCCUCAACCACCGCUAUCAAAGACGCUGGACAAUGGAGAACCCUCAGACGGGCACAUUGCGCUCAGCAUUGGUCAUCCAGGGAGAAUCGACUCGCUGGCUUGGGAGCAACGCCGGUCAAAACCACUGGGAGAUUUUGAGGUUGAAAUCGACGUCCGCGUCGUUGGAUUGAACUUUCGGGAUGUUCUAGAGGCCAUGGGAAUCAUUGGGGUCGUUGAGACAGAGCGACGGUUUGGGCUCGAAGCAACUGGUGUCGUCAAACGUGUCGGCCGGCAAGUCACAAAGGUCUCUGUAGGAGACCGAGUCCUCGCCAUGGGCACAGGUGCCUUCUCAACUGCCUUCACUACCUCGGAGAUGCUCUGUCACAAACUUCCUGACAAUCUUAGCUUCGCCGACGGAGCAACAAUGGUUAUUGCCUUCCUGACAGCGAUUUAUGCCUUGAUACAUACUGGCCGUCUCCAAAAGGGCAUGUCUGUCCUCAUUCACAGCGGGUGCGGCGGCGUCGGCCUCGCCUCGAUCCAGAUUGCACAUAUGCUCGGCGCCCAAGUCUAUGCAACCGUUGGAAGCGAAGAGAAGGUAAACUAUCUUAUGAAAGCCUUUGGCUUGCCCCGAAAUCGCAUAUUUUCCUCGCAUAAUGAGAGCUUUGCGCAUGAUAUCCUCCGGGAAACUCAAGGAAAGGGAGUAGACUUGGCUUUGAAUUCCCUCUCCGGAGACCUCUUGCAUGCGACUUGGCGCUGUGUCGCAAAAUGGGGCACAAUGGUGGAAAUUGGGAAGGUCGAUCUGCUCGGUGCAGGCAAGCUGGACAUGGACAUGUUCCUUGGUAGCCGCUCUUACUCUUGUUUCGAUCUUCGCCAGAUGGCAGAAGAGCGACCAGAGAUGAUCAGCCUGUAUGUUCUUCCCCCGAUUAUAACCCCAUUACCUGGUCAAGUACUAACAAACACUGUCUUACUCUUUCGCAGUCUAUUGAGCGAGAUGACCACCUACUAUGAGCAACGCAAAAUUCAGCCUAUUCCUCAAUCAGCGAAAUUUCCCGCAGGCAAAGUGGAAUCUGCCUUUAGAGAAAUGCAAAAGGGGCAACAUAUCGGCAAGAUCCUUGUCUCUCUCUCUGAAGAUACCACAAAUGGGGAAAACGACAUUAGUAUUAACUACCCCGUGGCCAACAAGACUGGCCAUCAUCUACAUCUCGAUCCAGAAGCCACGUACCUCCUCAUUGGAGGCCUUGGAGGACUAGGCCGCUCCGUUUCCGUUUGGAUGGUACAACACGGAGCACGACAUCUGACAUAUCUAUCCCGCAGCGCUGGUAGCGACCCUCAGCAUGACAAGUUUGCGCUCGUGCUAGCAAGCAUGGGCUGUUCGGUGCAAUUUGUUCAAGGCAGUGUUGCCGAGAGGGAGGACGUGGCUCGUGCGAUUCAAGGCGCGUCGAAGCCAGUAAAAGGCAUCAUACAUUUAGGCAUGGUUCUCCGAGACCAAUCGUUCCAGCGCAUGACUCUCAACGACUGGAAUGAUGCCACCAAGCCCAAAAUUGAUGGAGUGUGGCACCUCCACCGAGUCUCGGUUGACCAAGGGCUGGAGCUGGAUUUUAUGAUACUAUUCAGUUCACUCUCAGGGAUCCUAGGGCAGCCGGGCCAAGCCAACUACGCUGCUGCAAAUACUUUCCUCGAUGCAUUUGCCAAGUACCGGAAGAGCAUGGGCCUGCCGGUAACAACACUGGACAUUGGAGCUAUGGAAGGCGUUGGAUACCUGGCUCAAAACGAAGAGCUUCUGAAGAAGAUGAAGGGCACUGGUUGGAAUCCAGUGCAAGAAGAAGAGUUACUCCGCGUGCUUGGGUCGGCCAUGUUGCCAUCUGCUAAUGUCAAGUCCGAAGAAGUCUCAACGGACCCAUGGGCACCUAUAUUGGACAGGGACACCGUCCUCAUUGGGCUUUCACCUAGCAGCACCAGCAGCGCUUCGCGCUUCAGCAAGGAUGCGAGAAUGAUUGCUCUCCUGAAUAGCGGGCAGGCAAGCCUUGGUGCAGGAUCGGAUAGCACCGACCACCUACAAGCGUUCAUGGCCCAAGCGAAGAGUGACCCUUCCCUCUUCACCAAGCCUGGAUCCGCAGAGAUGCUAGCACGCGAAAUUGGCAAGAAGUUGUUUGCGUUGCUCUUGAAGCCGGAUGACGAGCCGUCCUUAACAGCGGGCCUGGCUGAGCUUGGUCUGGACUCUCUGAUUGCGGUAGAGAUGCGAGCCUGGUGGAGGCAGGUCUUUGGGCUGGACAUCAGCGUACUUGAGAUGCUCGCCAUGGGCUCACUGGGUGCAAUGGGUAAAAAGCUGGCAGAGAAGUUGGCUAAUGACCAAUAA